UGCAUUGCCUAAAGCGGCGUCUGUGAUUGAUAUCUGUGGGGGCCGUCACGGUUGCUCAUACCUCCACUCUGAUUCUCACCCUGGCUUGGUAUCAUAACUGUUGUAUCUGUUUUUCCAGACUAUCUAUCCCAAACGACACGGAACAUAUAGAACCAUAUGGCAGGGAUCACUUGGCACUAUGUCCUCAAAUUUAUUAUCACAGGCGAUGCUGCAGUUGGCAAAUCAUCUUUGCUUGUUCGCUUAACAGACCAACGCUUUCUCGCCAACCCUGACCCAACUCUAGGAGUAGAAUUCGGCUCGAAACUGAUUGAGAUACCCGAGGAAGGGAAGGUUGUCAAGCUUCAAUGUUGGGAUACCGCCGGAACCGAGUCCUUCAGGUCAAUUACACGGUCAUACUACCGUGGUGCCGCGGGCUGCUUGCUAGUCUAUGACGUGACAUCUAGAAAGAGUUUUAUAAACGCGCAGUCAUGGCUUGCAGACGUGCGGGAGCAUGCUGACCCUCAUUUAACUUGCAUACUAGUCGGAAAUAAAGUUGACUUAUGCGAUGGGGAAGUAGAAGGCUCGUCGAUUCGACAAAGAGAAGUCUCGGCAGACGAGGCAACUGAAUGGGCGAGAAAGGAGGGGCUGCUAUUCUUGGAAGCAAGCGCGAAAUCAGGGAGGAACGUUGAUUUGGCGUUUGAGCAAGCUUCACGCGAUAUCCUCCAUAAGAUCAAGCAUGGUGUUUUUGAUGACAAUCGAUCUCCAGGAGUGAAGCUGUCAAACCCAACAAAUGGAAGCGUCGCCCUGAAUCAAGCCUCAAAUAAACAGGGAUGCUGUUCAUGAUGACUACUAUAUUAUGUGCAACAUUAUACAUAAGGUUGCUGUACUCUAUUCUACUGUGGUUAUGGGACUAUAGUUAUUACUCUGUAUUGCCGACAAUGCGCAGGAUUAUGAGACUCGUACUGUAUCUAGAAUGUUCAAUGAGAUCCUGCGCAA